GAUCUACUUGCAGCUUCCUCGGGAUGAUGACCUCGUGCAAUGUGCAGCGAAAGGCGCAGCAGAGGUGAGCCUCAGCCUCUCGAAAAGGCAAUGCAGCGGCAGGUACUUCAAUCUGGCCGGAGUUGCGAACCGACUCAUGGACUCGGACGUUCAGCACAGCUUCUGGUGGCAAAGACGCCUGAAGACCGACAUGCACCGUGCGGAGCUCUACUCAAACAAGAGUUUGCAGGUCAUGCGUCCACGUGAUCUUGUCCACAUGGGAAGUUUGUGCGUGCCCAGCUCCUGCAGCGAAGAUGCCGUGGCUGGCUGGUUUGCAUCGAAGCUGGAGAGGGACCACAACGCAUACACACCGCCCAGACUCAUAGAGCUUAACGCCACCCACGUGCGGCUCUCACCACUUCGUGCAGUUCGACGGCCGUACCCAAGAUUCACAGGCUCAUGGAUUUCCUGGAGAAGUCAGCACUCAGACGACACAAGGAAAACCGGAGCGAAGUACGUGGAGUUCAUCCUGCUGGAACACAAAUCAUGGAGGCAGCUCCGGCCGAGCCAGCAGACGGCGAUGGUACUGCUUGCUUUGGCCAUUCCUGUUCUCUUCGCCAGUGCCAUCCGAGCCGCCGGCCCGCAGGUCAUGAGUGGAUUAGCCCUCCAGACAAGCGUGGGACGUUUGUUUGCUCCCCGCCCCCUCUGUUACGAUGUGUGUCGAAUCCUGACCACCCUCUUUGUGAUUGCCAUCCACGUGAAGGAUCAUUAUCCCUUUCCAGAGGUGACGGCGGUGUCUACGCCCUUCGAGCAGAUGGCCGUGGGCGUCAAAGCCGUCCCUGUGAACCAGCUUGCCAUCCUACUCAUGGUCUACCUCAGCCUCCGAAGGCUAGAGCCGAAGAGCUUGGGACCUCUUGCCUGGCUCUGGCGGGUCUUCUGCUACGCUCUCCGUCGAUGGGCUCUCAUGCUUUCUGUGGUUGGGAUCUGGCUUUACGUUUACCUCGAAGUCCUCGUGAAGGACGUGCCCAUCCCGAAUCUAGGCAAGACCAAAUUCCUUGAGCUAUGGUUUUCAGAAAAACGUGAUGAGUGCUCACGAAUGGAGCACCUGCUUCCAAGCAUCUUCCUUCUGCAUGAGGCGUUCCAUUUGAAGCCUACGCCAUGCCACAACUUGGGGAUAUUUGAAGCAUGUUGGCAAGUCGAUGUGGUGACGUUCUCGCUUAUGACCCUGCCCGGGCUGUCACGAAGCAGGUGGCUCACGGCAGGAUUGGCAGCAAUGAUGUUUCUGCCAGCGGCGUUUAGCAGCUCAGCCGUGGCUGAGAGAGGCGCGUUCCUCUUCCAGCACAGGUUGGGAGAUCUCCUGGCGCCGGCACUUGCAGCCGUGUUCUUUGCCGCCCUGCUGCCACGAGCAGAGCUCUUGGAACCUAGGCCUGUCUUGAGGUUCCUCCUGAGCACGAUGGCCUUUGCCGUGACCUCCGCCGGCAUCCUUCUGAUAGCAGCGGCCCACUUGGGGUGGCUGCCGCGGGCUCCGCAGAUCCCGGAUGGUGUGAUGCAAAACCUGAUGGUGCUGCCUAGCAUGGUCGGAGUGCUCCUCAUGCUGCGAAUAGCGGAGGCGUCGCCGCCUCACUCGAAAGGACUCUUGGGGCGUUUGCUGAACGCCUUGGGCCGUCUUUCGCCCGGCAUCAAUUUGUCGCACCUUUUCGUAGCUCAGAUGCACCUCGGCUACUCCGAAUCGCCCAUCCAGUGGUUCCGGGAUCUUCCGCCGUCGCCGGUGCUGUUUUUCUCUACAGUUGCACUGCUCUUCGUUGUGUCCACAGUGGUGUCCAUGCUCGUCUUUGUUCUGGUCGAGGGUCCAGUGCAGGCCCUGGUGGGCUACGGCGGCCACGGCACAUCCCAGACAUUGCCCUCCGGGUCCGUUACGCGGAUGACGACAAAUGGAGCGGCAAACGGCCACACCUCGGUGGCCAAUGGCUGCGAGCCGACACUUGGAGGCUACAGGGCCUCCAAGACUGUCACAGACUGCUCCGGGAGGUCAAUCAGCGAGGAGCAGCUCGAGGCUGAGGAUUUGGUCACCGAGUCCGGGCUCUAUCGACGCGGCGCAGGCCGCGUCAAGAUGGAGGUUGGCCGUGAAAGCGACACAAGGCAAGCUCCUCGAGAGAGUGGUUUGCUGGGUGACAUGGAGCUGAGCCCGCCACAGAACCUGGCAGAGCUUUGGCAUGAGCUCUUAGAGGACACACUGCCGCCUGACAAGCGUGAGCUGCUUCAGGCUUCCUGGGAUCGUGCCGCAAAUGAUAGUGAGCGAUAUAUGCUGUUCCUGGAGUACAGUAGCUACUUGCGCAAGCAGGCGGUCAGCGAGGAGGAUAAAGCCGAGACCAGGAAGCAGCUGGAGCCGCUUCUGAAGCAGUACGGUCUGCACGACCUGCAGCAGGAGUCAGAAUCCUCGGGGUCCUCCAUCUGGCGUGGUGCCCGGAGAGUGCUUGGCAGUCCUAGAAAGGCUCAGCGAAUCGGAUGGGACCCGGCCAAGAGGCGAUAA